UUGCUGUCCCUCAAUCCUUGCCCGCCAGGGCAAGGGCACCGUCUCUCUCGAAGAGCGGAGGCGUUCUGCGGCCGGCACUGGCCGCUAGAAAUCGCGUCGGUGGCGGCUGGUCGGCGCGGCGCGGCGCGGCGCGGCGCGUCGGGCAGCGACAGAGGAGGGGAGAAGACGCGCGGGGAAAGGGGGUGGGGGCUGUCGCGGGGGAGGAGGAGGGGUGGCGGCGGCGGCGGCGCGCUGGCAGCGGUCGUCGGCGUUCAACUUCAGUCAGGGCCCGGCAACGGUAUCGCGAGCAUUCUACCAGCGACCGAGCGGCCGGGCAGCACAUUCACACAUCCACAAUCAGCAAGGCACCUCGCAGCACGCAGCCAUGAGGGAGAUCGUCCACCUGCAGGCGGGCCAGUGCGGCAACCAGAUCGGCUCCAAGUAUGGAGUAAUAGCUCAUAUGGACAAUAUACGUUUUGGGAGAUCAUUUCGGACGAACACGGCAUCGACCCGGCGGGGCUCUACCACGGGGACAAUGACCUGCAGCUGGAGCGCAUCGAGGUGUCCGACACCGUGGUGGAGCCGUACAACGCGACGCUAUCGGUGCAUCAGCUGGUGGAGAACACGGACGAGACGUUCUGCAUCGACAACGAGGCGCUCUACGACAUCUGCUUCCGCACCCUCAAGCUCACCUCGCCCACCUACGGAGACCUCAACCACCUCGUAUCGGUGACGAUGUCGGGAGUGACGACGUGCCUGCGCUUCCCGGGCCAGCUGAACGCCGAUCUGCGCAAGCUGGCCGUCAACAUGGUGCCCUUCCCCCGCCUGCACUUCUUCAUGCCCGGCUUCGCGCCGCUCACGGCGCGCGGCAGCCAGCAAUACCGCGCCCUCACCGUCCCAGAACUCACGCAACAGAUGUUCGACGCGAAAAACAUGAUGGCGGCAUGUGAUCCACGCCACGGAAGAUACCUUACAGUAGCCGCCAUCUUCCGAGGCAUGAUGUCCAUGAAGGAAGUGGAUGAACAAAUGCUCAACGUACAAAACAAGAACUCCAGUUACUUUGUGGAAUGGAUUCCUAAUAAUGUUAAAGUGGCUGUGUGUGACAUUCCCCCUCGUGGACUCCGCAUGUCUUCCACCUUUAUUGGGAAUACAACAGCAAUCCAAGAGAUUUUUAAACGCAUUUCUGAACAAUUCACAGCAAUGUUCCGCCGAAAGGCUUUCCUGCAUUGGUAUACAGGAGAAGGUAUGGAUGAAAUGGAAUUUACAGAAGCUGAAUCAAAUAUGAACGACCUUGUCUCAGAGUAUCAGCAAUACCAGGAAGCUGGUGUUGAUGACGAUGUGGAAUUUGUGGAAGAAGAAGAGGAGGUAUUAGAAGAAGGCCAGUGAGGAAUUAUUAUUAUCAUAAACACAGCAUUAAGUUUCCAAUUAUAUUCAUUGCAAAAUCUUUUAUUUCAAAGUUUUUCAAUAAAGAAUAACAAAACUUAAUUUGUAGUUUCUAUUCUGUCAUUUUCAUUUAGGGUCUUACACAUGGAAAAAUACAAUAACGAUUAUAUACUACAUACACUCACAACAAUGAUAAAACACACUUCCAUAACAAAAUUCCUUAUUAAUAAUAUCUAUUUACAAAUGUUGACUUGUGCAUCAGCGCCUACCCUGAAGUUGACGCAUCAUUGCACGUUGCUGUCUGGCAGCAGGAGAAAAGGGAACAAAUUUUCUUGCUGUCAAAGCUCGAGCUUUGAUUCGGCACUCCAAUUCUGUGAGGCUGCCACUACGGUUUGGAAAUAUAGGUGGUGGAGACGAUCCUCUUAUGGGUAUUUCACUACACAUGUCUGAAUGCAUUCUUCUUGAUGCACGAGAGGUGCUAGGAAGAAUAGAGUCAUGAGGUGAACAAAAUCGCCGACUGCUUCGCCGUAGUGGAAUACUUGUUGCUGGUGAGGGUGGCUCAGUAGACUCUGCAACAACUGAACCAGGCAAUGGGGAUCUGACUAGUUGUGAAGAAAUGUUGGAAAUAUGUAUAGGAAGCUGAUGUUUGUAUUCAGUUGGCUUAAUUACAGAACCAGAUGUAUCCUGUGAUCCAAUAGCUGGUGAAGAAAAAAUUGCAGGAGAUGCAAUCAUGGAAAGUGGAGAAACACAAGAUGAAGAUAAACAGGAUGGAGGGGAAGAGAUUGGAGAGCAUUGAGGACAAGGAGUAGGUGGGGGUUGAGGAGAAAUGCAAGAAGACUGGGAAGAAUAAAGUGGAGAAGAAUUACUCACAAGACUUGAAGAUGAUGAACUGGAUGAACUCUUGACUGAACUUGAAAUAGAAAUAACAGAACAAUUAUCUUCACAGUUUGAUGAUAUAUUACUAAAAUUUCCACUACAUGAUGAACUAGGUGCAAUUACAUAAGAAGAACAAUCUUCGUCAUAAGUGAUUGAACCUAAACCUGAUAUUGAAGCUAUAGUAUCAUUUAGGGAAUCUUCUCCUACUUCCACCACAUCCUCAAUCUCAUCACUACCCUCACUAUCGAUUUUGCAAUAUUCUGAAAUGGAUGCUAUUGUUUCGUCAAGUGCAUCUUCUCCUACCUCUAUUUCAACGUCUGUUUCAUCACUAGAAGAUACCGUUUCGAAAGUUGAUGCAAAUGGUCUUCCUUCAGGAAUUACAAUCACUUCUUUAACAGUUCUCUUUUUUUUAGAGUUUCCACCAUUCACAUUUUCAUGACUGUGCAAAGAUCUUUGUAUAUCUUCUCCCAACGAACGACUUCGGCUCCUUGUACGAACAGGAGACCUUUCUCGAAAAUUCUUGAAAUUUCGACUGACACUUCUUGUUCGUUUUCGUUCAUCAUUUCUUGUUUGACAAGCUGCAUUGUCAUGUUCCCACAACUUAUGUGCAUUGUCAUUUGCUUCUAGCUGCAGUUGUUUUUGCAAUGUGAAUUGAUCCCUUCUACUACGACCCUUUUGACACGUCCUCCGAUGAUUAUCUCGUUCAACACUGCGUUCUCUUCUGCGUACAUUGUACCUUUUCAACAAGACAACAGGUUGAAAAGAUGCUAAUUUUGCCAAAGCCAAAGAUGAAAAGUUUUGGGUAUUUUGUGCAAGUAAUUUACUCUUGUUGUCAGUAGCUGAAUCUGCUGAUUGGGAAAGAGUUUUUUUUCUUGGAGAUUUUCUUGAAGGACUGACCUGUAAAGGUAUAUUCGUCUGAAAAGAUUUUUCCCGUCUCUUAUUAUUCGAAGUUCCAGGAGAGGUAGAUCUUUUACGCUUUUCCUUAGAAUCUUUUUGAUUUCGAUAUGUAUGCCUCCGAGUCUUUAAUUCAUAAUAAUGUAAUCUGCUUUCACUAUCAGAUGAUUGCUUAUCAGAAGAAACUCCACAUGUUGUAAGCCUGACCUGUGAUGAGAUCUGAGGAGAUUUGGAAUAAUCUGAAACAGGUUUAUGACAACCUGAGGAUCUACUCUGCGAGCGUGUUCUCGGUUUCUCAAACAAUGUUGAAAGCACUUUAGUCACAGAGGUGCCUGAAACUUGAUUUGAACUAGACUGAGAUGUACAAUUUGGACUUUUUGAUCGAGUUGCUCGAUUCACACUUCUUGACUGCAAUGCUCGAUUAGGACUUCUUGAUCGAGAAGCUCGAUUUAAACUUCUCGAUCGUGAUGCAAUGUUUGAGUUUCUUGACUCAGAUGCUCGGCUGCUUUUCUGUGAAUGAUAAUGUAUCACCCAGAAAUUGACAAUGAAAUUGCAGCAAACACACUUAAGUUGUACUUGAAAUGUGAUCAAAGGAGACCAACUUGGUCA